AACCUUCGCUGCCUCGGCUUCCGCUACCUUCCUCUCUCGCUCUCACACCAUUAAUCACUAGCCUCUCAAGAACAGUACAACGACCACGGGCAGUAGCAUCAGCUCGGAGUAGGAGACACUCGACGACGAGGAGGGUGCCCGCCUGCCUCUUCCCGGCGGCGGCGAUGAGGUACGGCGAGGUGGCGCACUUCAGCCACCCGCAGCACCGGCUCCGGCUGGAGCACCACGACACGCCGUUCCGGUGCGACGGGUGCCGCGAGGUCGGCAUCGGCGCGCGCUUCCGCUGCCCGUACCCUGGCUGCGACCACGACCUCCACCGCCAGUGCGCGCUCCCGCUCUCGCCGCCGCCGCCGCCGCUCCGGCACCCGUUCUACCCGCGCUGCGCCUUCGCCUUCCUCCCGCGGGCGCCUGGCGCGCCGGGCUCCCGCUACUGCAACGCGUGCGGCCGCGACGUCGCCGGCUACGUCUACCACUGCCGCGCGUGCGGGUUCGACCUGCACCCGUGCUGCGCCGCGCUCCCGCACGCGCUCGACGCCGGCGGCGGCGUCAGGCUGCGCCUCCACCCGGACUCCAGGGCCACCGGCGUCGCGGCGUGCCACCGGUGCGGCCACCGCGGGCGCAGCUGGAGCUACCGGAGCCAGUGCGGGAGCUUCAGCCUCCACGUGGCGUGCGUCAUGGACAUGCUCGUCGAGAGCUGGCACGGCAUCGGCCGCCACAAGGGCGUCGCCGGCGGGGGCGGGAACGUGUACGACGGCGGGAUGCUGGUGCCCGGGUGCGGCGGGUACAGGGUUCCGGCGAUCCGGGGCGCGGCGAAGAGCGCCCACGCGAGCAGGGGAGGGUACUCGACUUGGGGCAGGAAGAAAGGCAAGGUGAAGCGAUGCUGCGAGAUCGCCGGGUUCGCGGCGCAGGUGGUCAUCUCGGCGGUGCUCGGCGACCCCACCGCGCUCAUCGCCGGCGUCAUAGGGUCGCUCAUCGCGCGGUGAUCACGGCCGGGCGCCGCCGCCGGCCCAGAGCAGCAGAGAGACAUGAUCUAUUGCAUUUUUCAUUUCAAACGUGCAAAAACACUGUAUACAUGUGCGUCGCAGUCGCCACUCGCUAGUGCGCGCAUGCACGGCCACGUAGGCAGAGACUUCGUGGUGACUGGUGAAUUACUUUAGAACCUCCUAAACUUCCUAUCGAUGGAUACUGAUUAUAAGUAUUAAAUAUAUAUUAAUUUACAAAA